UGCGUCAUAGCGUGGAAAGCACGAGCGAGCUACUGCUGCAGUCUCGAGUCGCGUGUGAAGUCUGCACACCUCAUUUAUUUCAUUACGCAAAGGUGGCAAGUCUCAAUCAACGCCUUUUUUGAUUGUCCUAAUCCAUCGUCCUCAAACUGUUUUAUUCAUCCUAUUCACGCCAUGGCCAACAAAGAGGAGAAAGCUGACGAGAAACAGACGAGUUGGAAAGAUUUUAUCUACAACCCACGAACGGGGGAAUUCAUCGGGCGCACUGCGAGUAGUUGGGCUCUUAUUUUCCUCUUCUAUCUGGUGUUCUAUGGUUUCCUGGCUGGAAUGUUCAGUCUCACCAUGUGGGUGAUGCUACAGACGCUGGAUGAUCACACCCCCAAGUACAGGGACCGAGUGGCCAAUCCAGGGCUGGUGAUCAGGCCGAAGUUCAUGGAAAUUGGAUUUAACCACUCCAUUCCCCAGCAAUACAACAAUUACGUGCAGCACCUGGAGUCCUUCCUGCAGCAGUACAAUGAAUCUCUGCAGGACGCCAAUGAGCGCUGUCUUGAGGGCGAGCACUUUGAGCAGGAUGAUGUGGAGGAGAAGAAGGUGUGCCAGUUCAAGAGAAGUCUGCUACGACAGUGCUCUGGACUGGCUGAUAGUACUUUCGGUUACUCUGAGGGCCAGCCGUGCAUCCUGGUCAAGAUGAAUCGAGUUAUUGGGCUGAGGCCACGAGGAGACCCACAUAUCAACUGUGCAGCCAAGAGAGAAACUCCCCUGCAGAUGCAAUAUUUCCCAAGUGAAGGCAGGCUUGACAAGAGCUAUUUCCCCUAUUAUGGCAAGAAAUUACAUCAAAAUUAUGUCCAGCCAGUUGUUGCUGUGAAGCUGCUUCUGGCCAAGGAUGACUAUAAUACUGAGCUCAUCAUCGAGUGCAAGGUAGAGGGCUCAGACCUGCGUAACAACGAUGAGCGCGACAAGUUCUUGGGCCGUGUCACCUUCCGGGUGAAGGUGUCCCAGUAGCCUGGUUCAUUCAUGGAGACACACGAUGCAGUUCCUCUCACUCAAGCCCAGACACUUUCCAUGAAAUGUUUAUUUCUCACCACCCUGUACCCAAUCGCAACUCGUACCCUAUCUGGUGUCUUGUAAGUGUCAUCAGGGCCUUUAAGCAUCAAACACGAUAUGAAUGUUAAUCUAUGAUCAAAACAGAAAUUUGUCUUGGAUAACCGAGAAGGUUGAUGCAUACUAACGUUCAGUUGCCCUGUGCUAUGGAUGGGGUCAGGGUUGGAAUAGUGUGUGUGAAGGUUAAUCAAGGUUUUAGUUUAUUUUUCAUUAUAAUUCAUUAAUCACACCCCUACCCGUCUGAUUAUUCCGAAACCCCACACUCACUCACUGGAGAAAAAAAACACGAAGGGAAAAAAACGAUGCACAUUAAUUUUCUGAUGCCGCCCCUUAAGAGAGAACGUAGUGCCAUCGUGUAGUAAGUUUAGGGACCUGUAAAUAGUUGCAUCAACACAUGUCGAUGUGAUCCGCUCCCUCCCAUAGUACCGUUUAGCCUGCCGUGUGUGUGCGUGUGACGUGAAGCCUCUAUGUACAUAUUUAAUGGAUUUUAAACACUCUUAUUCUGUCAAUGCUCUCACUACGUCUGACUGCUGUAAGAAAUCAAGAGUAUAAAAUUAUAUAAUAGCUGUAAUUUAAGAUUAUUGAGAAAGUAAAAAUAUGGAGGGGGUAAACACCAAAAACGUCUGUCAAAUGUUGUUUGAAACUCGUCCACCAUCUGAGGGAAAUGAUUUUUUUUAAACCUCUGCAGAGCAGAUGCCUUACGGUCUGUAUGAGUUUAAAAAUCUUGAAAUAAAAGUGAUU